AUGCUAGCCACGGAAGACAGUGACGAGCCGUUUAGCGUCUGCGACCCACCUGGUGACGACGAUGAGGAGCGACAGAGCCAGGGUGCUUAUCCUCCCGAGCGGCAGCUGCCCUUCAAAAAAAGAUAUUUGUCAAGAGUGGGUGAAACCGGUAAUGGUGGUGAUGAUCCCCAGCAGCAAGAGCAGCAGGAGCACCGUGACGAAGACGCUGCACCUCUUUUCGGCGUAUCUCGAGCUCAGGGGUAUUCAGAGGCAGAGCAGGUUGAGACGAAGACGCUGCACCUCUUUUCGGCGUAUCUCGAGCUCAGGGGAGUAAUGAAUAUCCCUCCAAACCAGGAGACUGCUGAGCGUGAUACUCCAGCUGCAACCAGAAACACGCCACUGCAGGUCCGGCUGCUGCAGCGACAGUUGCGGCUCAUGAAGCGGCAACUGCAGAGGGAGCGGUUGCACCAUCAGCGGCAGCUGCUUCGCCUCCGCCGGAAGCAUGCUCAUAGGGAAAGAUCUCGUCAUCAGCUGCAGCAGCGCCUGUAUAUGGAGAUGAUGCGUCAGCAUCAGCUGUGGCAGCAGCUUUGGAAACAGCCGCUGCUACAACAGCAGCAGCAACCCCGGUUCGGAGUGCUGCAGCAGCUGCUGCAAGAGCACCAGCUGCUGCAUCAGUCCUCGCUUCAACAGGAAAUGCAGCAGCACUUGGUUGGACAGCAAGAGCAGUUGCACGCAGUGCAACGGGAGUUGCAGCAGAUCCUGUUUCAACCACAGUACUACCGGCAACUAACACGACCGCCCGUGCAGUAUGCAGCGCCGCCGGGGGAUCGUGAACAGCAGCAGAGAGAAGAGAGUACGGGUACGCAAGCGAAGCGCGGGAUGCAUCGCCAUGUGUCGCAAGCUGCAGACCUUUCCUGGGAGCAGCAGCUGGUAGAUGAAUGGAUUGAUCCUGAGUCUACAACGUCUGGGACGCCGGAGCUCGGCAUCUCUCAACAGGCGUUGCAGUUUUCUGCUCCUGCAACAUCAUCAUAUAUCUCGACAUCCGAGGUUUCGAGCAUGGGGGGGAUUACUGGAUCGCUGCAGAGCUUCAAGGGUCCGGCCGCUUCUGGUUUGAACGUUGGUGGGAGAGCCGGCGGUGCUGUAGGAGCAGCUGCUUCAAGGCGAGUAAUGAACGUGGCGCCGCGUUCGUGCUUAGUUGACUUGGAGCGAGCCGUGGCAACUCAACAGGGUAGGCGUGACCUCGUAACUAUGUUGUUGAAGGCCAAUCACCUGCUGUCGCGUCAGGUUUUGUAUUUUACUGACUUGAGGCACUUGGCGCGUAUAGCAGAGGGAAUGAUAGAGCACGGAAUGAUCCAUCAGUCUCAGGACCUGUCAGAGCAAAGGCCGUGGUUCGCAGUUGAGCGGCUGGGAAUGCGUUUUCUCCUGAUGGAUUCUGUGGUCUCUGCCUUGAUCGUUAUCGGGCAGGAGGUCAAUGCUGCUAGUUGGAAGCGCUUCACAGAUACCAUUGGCCACAGAGGUCCCCUGCCACCCCCACGAAGGCGAGUCACCCAAUGGCGAAACACAUUCACCAGCAUUCUGGCUAAGGAGCUCAGCAGGGGAAUACAAACACUCAAGACGGGAAGGAGGCUGGCUCCACAACACCUCCUGAAGAUCCACAGGAUGCUCUUCUGUUCGGCGCUUUCCCCCACCCGUUUUAAAAGGAAGGACUUCGAUCCGUUUAGGGCAAUUUGCACCGAUGAGCGGUAG